AUGGACUUUUACAAGACUGAUGCUGUAGAACUGCUUCUUCCCCCUCGCUUUGUCUCCGCAAUCUCCAGGCCAACUGUACUGUUCGGCUUUGCCUGCGCAUUCCUACUCUUUCAACUACUAUUUUGGACGGUCCGGUACUCCCGCAAGACUACCAAGCCUCUUGCCAAUAUCCCUGGUCCCUCGGGCUGGCCAUUAGUUGGCAUUGGGCUGGACCUGCCCGCCCGGCCUCGGCAGCUGUUGAACCGCUGGGCGGCGCAGUAUGGGGAUACCUUCAAGGUUCGCGUGGGUUGGUAUAACUGGGUGUUCUUUAACAGCCCAGAUGCAGUCAAGGAAGUCUUUGAUAGACAGUACAAGAAGCAGAACCGGAUGCUAAUUGGCACAUACGCCGCCAUCACAUCCGGCAAGCCGCCCCUGCCCAUCGCACAAGAGUUUUGUCUGAGGGGUGAGGGUAAGCGGCUUCACGCGUUUCUGAAACAGCUCCUCAACGCCAAGGCAUCCGCAGCAUUCAUCCCAAGCCAGGAAUUCGAAAUCAAGCAACUCCUCUGGGAUCUCAGCCAUGAAGUGAACAAUGAGGGGCGAAAUAGCACCGAUUUCUACAGACAUAUCCGCCGCAUGACCUUCUCCAUAGUCAUGACAUCGGCAUGCGGGCUCCGAAUCCCCAAGUGGGACUUCCAGGAAGUCCGCGACGUCGACGGCAACAUGCGGAUGCUGUCUAUCAUUCUGAGUCCUGGAGUCUUCUGGAUUGAUGUAUUCCCGCCUCUGAAUUGGCUGCCGCGGUUCUUGUUCCCCUCGUGGCCAAAGGCCAAAUUCAUGGCUGAAAAGAUGCACAGCAACAAGAUGCGGCACUGGAACAAUCUGAAGGAGCGUAUCGCCGCAGAUAAUGCCCCAGAGUGUUUUGCCAAGGAUCUCAUGGAGUCGAACUACCGCGAAUAUGGUCUGGAGGAGGAGAGUAUCUCAUGGUUAGCCAGCGCUGUCCCCGAAGCGGGAGCUGAGACGACCGCCAGCGCGUUGAAUGGCAUGAUCCGGUACCUGGCAAUGUUCCCAGAGGCACAGGCACGGGCAUUCGAGGAGGUGACGCGGGUCCUGGGUGAUGAGCGCAUGGCGACCUUGGCCGACGAGCCGGAAAUGCCCUAUAUCAAGGCUGUUAUCAAAGAGACCCUGCGGCUAUGUCCGGUCGCCACUACGGGGCUGCGGCGCAUGGCGGAUGGGGACGUCCACUACCGCAACCAUCAGAUUCCUAAGGGUACCAUUCUCCUCGCUAAUUUAAAUGCUCUGCACUGGGACCAUGAACGCCUCCCGGAUCCCUUUAGCUUCAGGCCUGAGCGCUACCUUAAUCACCCGCAACGUUCCGCAGUGUAUGCCGCGGGUGGCGAUAUCUCGCCUGCGAUCAUUUUACCUUUGGCGCUGGCCGCCAAUGGGCUCUUCUUGGCGGUAUCGAAUCUCAUCUGGGCCUAUGAGUUCCGUUUGCCGUUGGAUGAAAAGGGAGACGAGGUUCCCUUGGAUAUCAGCGACGAAGGCUUUAUGGAGGGCGCGAUCCGGGUGCCGAAGGAAUACUCGGUACGGAUUUUAGAGCGUUCCACAGCUCGGUCGGACCUAAUACGGCAACAGUGGGAUGAGGCAUAG